GUCUAGGGUUUUUGGAUGGAGGUUUGAACUUGAAGACUUCAAUGGUAAUAGGGGGUUAUCAAUUGGUGGAUACCCUUCUACAUUUUGAUGUAGGUGCUUCUAGGCUAGGAUUUACUCAACAAAAUUGUUCUGAGUUCAGAUUAAACUCUGCGUUUAAACAUACAUUGUAACAUGUAUUAAAUGUUGUUCAAUUUUGGUAACAACUACAUGACUACAUGCAAUGGUCCUAUACUUGACUUUCUGUACCUACAAAUUGUGCUUAUUGUACUAGAUUUUGAAUAUCCAGAUGAACUUUUUUUGUGCAUGCCUGAAGCACGAUACUAAAGGGCAAACAAGUGGGUGCAAAGAUAAAUCCACGUAUUGAAUUGAGUUUAUGAGGGUAUAUUAGGUAUUAAAUUUGAGUUUAAAGAAACAUUAAUAGUUUAGUUAAAAAUCAAAUGAGUGCAAAGAGUAAGUUGGGUGUAAAAAUAUGUUAGAUGAGUUUAAAUAAAAUUUCCUUAUUAAAAUUUAGGAAGCCCUUACCAACACCAUUUAUUUCAAAUGGUAUAUAUAUCCAUCAUUUAAUUUAAAAAAAACCAAAAUGUACAGAAAAUUAAGAGAAAAUAAAAACCAUAAAUUACCACGACACAUUUAAUUCAGUAACUAACGAAUACAUGCAGCAGAUAUUCGCUCCCUCUCUCUCUUCCUACUUUCAAAACCAAAUCCAAUGCAUAUUCUUUAAUUUUAUUUCUAUUUUUAUAAAAAUCUUCCCACAUUUAAUUAGCCUUAUAUUUUCCAUUUACAAAUCUCCUGAAAACCCUCCUCUUUAUUUUUUUUUUCAUUUUUGAAAAUCCUUAGGGUUUAUGUUUUAACUCACCAAAAUCCAUUGCUCUACCUUCAAGAGGCUAGACUAUUUCUUCUGUAUCUUUCCCUGGCUUUCAAUACAAUCCUUCUCCUCUGCGGUAAUUUUCCAAUUUCUAGUCUGUUUUCUAUUUUUAUUUUUUUUCACCAAGAAUUUGUACUUGAUGAUUUUUUUAUGUAUUUUUCUCAAUGAUUAAUGAUUGUGUUGUUUUCAUCGCUGAUAUUCUUAAGGGUUUUGGGUAAUUCAUGGUUUCUUGAAAUCAAAACCCUCUAAGGAUUUGAUCUUGUUAAUGUUGCAAUGUGCUUCUAAUGCUUUUGUAAUUUAGUUUUUUGUAUAAUAUUAUUAUUAAUUUUUGUUAUUCAUUUGGUUCUAAAACAUACAUAAAUUCUUGCAGUGCGAAGAAAUGGCUAAGCAGAACACAGCAAAAGAAGAUUUCUCCCUAAAGGAGACCUCGCCGAACAUCACUGGCCGGAGGUUCUCCACGGGCCCCAUGACCUCCUUUGAUCUUGUCGAGCACAUGCAGUAUCUCUAUGUCAGGAUAGUGAAAGCCAGAGAUUUGCCACCUACCGCAGACCCUUAUGUUGAACUGAAUCUCGGAAACUACCGGGCAGUAACAACACCUUUCAAAAAAAAUCCAAACCCCGAAUGGAACCAAGUGUUUGCUUUUUCGAAAGACAGAAUUCAAGCUGUUAGUAUGGAGAUUUUGGUGAAGGACAAGGCUGUUGUUGGACAAGGUGGUGAUCAUGGAACCAUUGGGAUGUUUGGUUUUGCUAUGGCUGAGUGUCCUAGUAGGGUUCCGCCGGAUAGUCCAUUGGCGCCGCAAUGGUACAUGCUGGAGGAUCAAAAUAAGGCCAAGAUUAGAGGAGACCUAAUGCUUUCUUAUUGGAUUGGGACGCAAGCAGAUGAGGCCUUUCCAGAUGCUUGGCACGCUGAUGUUGCAUCGGUAAGUGGGGAUGGACUUUCGAGUACUCGUUCGAAGGUUUACCUUUCACCUAGGCUUUGGUACAUGAGAGUGAAUGUGAUUCAAGCUCAGGAUCUUGUGUUAAAAGACAACAACAGAAAGCAAGCACCGGAGUUUUUUGUGAAGGCUCAGUUCGGGAAUGUGGUUUUGAGAAGUGGAGUCUCGACGGAUAAGAAUUUCAACCCUACUUGGAAUGAGGAUCUAAUGUUUGUUGUUGCAGAACCGUUCGAUGAUCCUUUGGUGGUAAGUGUGCAGGAGAAAACGAAUAACAAGGAGGAAUCUGCCGGGCAGAUUGUGAUUCCUUUGAGGGAUGUGGAUAAGAGGAUAGACGCUACUCCGGCUACUCCCAAGUGGUAUAAUCUUGGGACGGUUGAAGUAGUUGAGGGUGUGCUGAAGGAGGUGAAGUUUGCGAGUAAGAUCCAAAUAAGGGUGAGUUUGGAUGGAGGAUAUCAUGUUCUUGACGAGCCAGCUCACAGUACUAGUGAUCUUAGGCCAACUGCAAAGCUUCUUUGGAAGCCUCCGAUCGGGAUUUUGGAAUUGGGAAUCUUGAAUGCAAAUGGUUUGUCACCAAUGAAGCCUAAGAAUCGUGUUGACGCAUAUUGUGUAGCAAAAUAUGGGACAAAGUGGGUGCGAGCAAGGACGGUUGUUGAUUGUUUGUCUCCCAAGUGGAACGAACAAUACACAUGGGAAGUCUAUGAUCCAUGCACUGUCAUUACCAUUGGAGUUUUCGACAAUGGGAACUUGCAGGGUGGGGAUAAACUGGGCAUGGAUUUGAGUAUUGGGAAGGUAAAGAUCCGUCUAUCUACCCUUGAAACUGGUAGGAUUUACACGCAUUCAUAUCCUCUUGUGGUUCUACAACCUACUGGGGUGAAAAAGAUGGGUGAAAUCCAACUGGCUCUGAGAUUUUCAUGUCCGUCUUUGCCUAACAUGCUUCACACAUACACACGGCCUCUGCUGCCUAAGAUGCACUACAUUCUCCCACUGUCUAUAUAUCAGCUUGCUAGUUUACGACACCAAGCUGCAUUGAUUCUCUGGUUGAGGUUGAGCCGGGCUGAGCCACCACUUAGGAGAGAGGUUGUGGAUUACAUGUUAGAUUCCACUGCGCAUCUGUGGAGUUUUCGAAGAGGCAAGGCCAAUUUUGUCAGGAUCAUCAAGCUAUUUGAUGGAUUGGUCAUGAUGUUCAAAGGGUUUGAUAAAAUACGGAAAUGGACUAACACCAUUACCACGGUGCUUGUUCACGUUGCCUUCACGGUCAUGCUUUUUUUCCCCGGUCCGACAAUUUGCUUAAUGUUUUUAUUGCUGUUGCUGAAAGGGGUUUGGAAUUACCGGAAGAGGCCUAGACAAAUUGUGCACAUAGACACAGAACUGUCACAAGCAUAUGGCGUACAUCCAGAGGAUUUGGACGAAGAGUUUGAUACUUUUCCAACAAAAAAGACUGGUGAUGUUCUGAAACGAAGAUAUGAUCGUCUUCGAGGCAUUGCAGGGAGGAUUCAGGCAGUGUUGGGGGACAUAGCGACACAAGGUGAAAGGGUGCAGUCUCUGCUGAGUUGGAGGGAUCCAAGAGCCACAACUUUAUUUAUGAUCUUCUGUAUUAUUGGUAUGAUCCUAUUUUAUAUCUGCUCGUUGAAGUUGAUAGUUUGGCUUGCAGGAGUUUAUGCAAUGAGACAUCCAAAAUGUCGGGAUAGAUUCCCUUCGCUCCUGCAAAACUUGAUCAGGAGGAUGCCGGCAAGAUCAGAUAGCAUGUUGUGAGGAGAGCCUUAAUCUUUUGUAUUUCAAUCAGUCGAAGUUUAUCUAUGGACAUUUGUUUUGUGUUUAGUUUCUUCUUCUUUCUCUUUUCUUUACGGAACAGUUGGCAAAUGUUGAUCAUGUUCUCUAAUAAAGAUGAUUUGUAUGCUAUAAGAAACACUUCUAGCUAUGUUCUGUAAUGAAGCACUUCUUUUUUCUC